CUGGCGCCAGACUCUAUGGUCGCCGUUUGGAAAUGAGCGCGGGAAGAGGGCAGUCCGUUGGGGCUGUCCAAUCAGGAGGCGCCAUUCGGGGCAGUCGUCGGUGACUUUCCGAGCCAAGCCGAAAUCUCCCGGGAAAUGCUUUCCCUUUGAACUGGAAAGCGGCGCGUGGGGGAGGGGAUUUGAAUGUGGGACUUCCUCGAACCGGAGUACAGCAAGGCCGUGAGCGACAGCGGCUGCAGCCAAUCAGCACGUUGGAUCGCUGUUGGAGCGCGCAUUCGCACCGCCCCAGUGGCGACCGUUACUGGCGUCGCGCGCGCGCGCGUACUCUUAAAAGUCGACCAUGGAAGACACCCAAGCCAUCACCUGGGAUGAAGAGGAGGAGGACACACAGCAACCCAGCUACUCUUCAGGGGGCAGCUCAGAGCCCGUGGGGCGACUGCAUGUCUUCAGCAGCAACUAUGGACCAGAGAAAGAUUUCCCACUCUACCUCGGGAAGAAUGUGGUAGGCCGGCUGCCUGACUGCUCGGUGACACUGCCCUUCUCAUCCAUCUCCAAACAACAUGCAGUGAUUGAGAUCUUGGCCCGAGACAGAGCGCCCCUCCUGCAGGACUGUGGGAGCCUCAACGGUACUCAGAUCCUGAGGCCCACGAAGGUCCUGAGCCCCGGGGUGAGUCAUCGCCUCAGAGACCAGCAAUUGAUUCUCUUUGCUGACUUGCCCUGCCAGUACCAUCGCCUGGAUGCUCCCCAACCCUCUGUCUCCCGUGGCCCUCUGACUGUAGAGGAGACUCCCAGGGCCCAGGGAGGAAUUCAACCUACGAGGCUGCUGUUGGCUGAGGACUCAGAAGAGGAGUUGGAUUCUCAUUUGAAAAAAUGUGUGAUGAAAGAUCCAAGGAGUGCUUUCUCCCCUUGGGCAACAGUUGUACCAGAGAGCGAUGAAGAGGGGCUUUCUCCUGCCCCUGGUGGCCCUGGGCCAUCUUCUAGCUUCAAACUGGAAAGUGACACAGAUGAAGAAGAAGGGCAGCUCUCAGCAGCAGAGGAGACCUCCUCAGCUGCCAGAAGAAGCGCUGCCAUAGUGGCCAAGCAGCCCAAUGGGGUGGCAGCAAAGCAGCAGCCUGCUGUGACAGAAACUGGCAAUGACACAGAAGUCCAGAAAAAUGCAGACAAUAGGCUGGUUCCAGAUGGGGUGAUUCUGGAGAGGAACCAAGCACCUGCAGAGGAGAGUAAUUCAGAUGUGGAUGACAACAGGCUUCCCAGGAGGCCCACCGUGAGCCAUGUGCAAAGGGCCCAGCCUUCAGACGUCAUGGACAGUGACACUGAUGUGGAGGAAGAGAAAAUCCCUGCCACCCCAGCUGUGGUUCCUGUGAAGAAGAGACAUGGCUUCUGUGGAGUUGGUCCCAGCAGCCCUGGAGCACUCGGCCCGCAGGAGAGCCAAGCUGGUGGUGACGCAGAUGGGGAGGAGAGCAAGGCCUCCCUUGCCAUCCCUCUGGUGAGAAGCCAAGCCCCUAUGGUGAUCAACAGUGACACAGAUGAAGAGGAAGAAAUUUCAGCAGCACUCACCCUGGCCCGACUGAAAGAGAGCCCAGCUGCUGGAUGGAACAGAGAUAGACAUGUGGAAGGGGACAGAGGCCAGCCCAAGGUCCUUCUGCACCAAAACCAGAGCACCUCUGAGAGAGACAGUGACACAGACAUGGAGGAGGAGAAGGGGGUGCCAGAGGGACAAACUGUCCCCAGUGGUCACACUAACAGGAAUGGAACUCUAUAUACAGCACACUCAACCAUGAGCGCCCCUCCUCCUGGGGAGAAAGACAUAAAGGUGGAAACAGAGAUGAGCUCACCUGGGAUCCACCUGCAGAGAAGCCAAGAUUGCACCACAGUGGUCGUCAAGACAGAAAAGGAGGAGGAAGUAUCACGAGAGCCAGCUGUUGGACAUCUACAGAAAGGCCAGGUGCUGGGGGAGACAACAAAUCAAAUCAAGGUGGAAGCAGAGGGUGACCCGGCAAAACUGGGUUGUGAAGCAGAUGCGGAGGAGGGCACAUCCUUAGCAGCCUCAGUAGUGACAGAUGCAAAAAAGAACCAGAUUCCAGUGAAGGAGGCUGCAGACACAGACUAUACUACAGCCAGGCAGGAGAGCGCUGUUCAGUUGGGGGCCCAGGAUAGGUCACCUGUGGCCCAGGUGGAGCAGAACUUUCUCCCUGUCUCAAAGAAGAACCUCACAGAUGAGGUAGUGGACACAGGUUCUCCAGGAGGAACUACACAGUCACAAAGAGAGGGCGCCCAGACCCCCAUAGGAACUGAGAGAGAGCUGCACAUGGGCAGCACCAAGGGCUUGGAAGAAGACUCUGAUGAUUUUGAUGAUCUGGAACUUCAGGCCACCCAGUGCUUUGUGGACAGGGAUGUACAGCACCUGGAAGACCUGAAUGUGGAGGAUGAAAGCUUGUUGAAUCUGCCUCCGGAGCCUGGGUCUUCCUGUUGUAGCUCAGCUACCAUGGAUGUGUCAUGGGAGCUCAUGGCUACCCAGCCAUUCUGUACAACAGAGUCUGACGCCUCUGAGACCCAGUCCACUGCCACCCACCCCGAGGCCCACGGAUUCUGCCUGUCUCCACCUAGCACAGUACCACAAGAGCAACGUGCAGAGAGCCCAGAACACACAGAGCUACUGGGGAGUCAAGGCAGAGCGAUGCAGACUAUGGAGAAAGACAUGGGUACAGCCAAAGAAACAGCAGACAGGGUGACUCCUGAGAGAGGGCCAUGCGAGAGGGACACCAGCCAGCUGCCACCAGGAGAGCAGGAAGCUACGCUGGGAGGGGGACAGUCCACUAGGGAGGUAGAGGACAGAGAGCAACAGCAACUGCUAGCUGGAGACACUGAGAACCAAGAGCCUGACCACAGGGAGGAAAGUGCAAGUCCUGAGAGGGAUCAGGAGAGUCUGCAGGUGGAAAUGGAGACAGCCGAGGAAAUACAAAGUAGAGAAACAGAGAAACAGACCCUUGGGAGUGAAGUAUUUGAGAGAGAAGUAGAGAGGCCUGUGCCAGAGAAAGAAUGUGAGCCAGCUAGGUUAGAAGUGACCCCAGUAGGAGAGAGGAGAGAGCAGACAGAAGGGAGCCAGGACCAGAGAGAGCAGGCCUCCAGUCCCAGACCACAGCCUGGAGUAGGGGAGGGGGAGCCUCAGGGACUUGCCUCCACUCCCAUAGUUUCUGAGAGCCAGUCAGGUGGAGGAAGGGGAGCCCCAGGGAGCCCCACAAGGCAGUUGAGAGACCACUUGAAAUGCAACCUGUCACGUGAUGAGACUUCCAAGGGUGAUCCAGAAUGCCCAGAUGCUUGUCGGCCUGAAGCCUUAACCCCACUCCCAGACCCUCUUAUCUCUCAGGACCAACAACAUCCUGCCCCUCAGCCCUUUCUUCCUCCUUCCCCACCUGCUUUUGAGUCAUCCAUUGUUAGGACCAGGCAGAAUGGAAAUCAAACUCCAGAAAGUUCCUUGUCCUCAGAGCUGGAACAUGAAGUCAGGCCCCAGAGGUCCUCUCCAGUUUUCUCUGCUGCCCUUGAACCUCACCCUCCCACUCCCCCAGAGCAGUGUGAUACCCCCAAGCCCAUACCUCGGGCUACUAUGGGUAGGUCACAUAGGUCCUCUAUUAAGACCCUUGAACUGGCUGAGCUCACAGUCCCUGACUUCCAGCCAUCCACCUCCACAGAGCAGUCUGACAUCCCCAGACCUACAGUUCGAGCUACUCGGGGCAGGACCCACAGGUCCUCUGCCAAGACACCUGAGCCAGCCAAGCCUCCUGUCCCCACAGAGCAACCUGAUACCUCCAAGCCCACACCUCGGGGCAGGGCCUGUAGAUCCUCUACCAAGACCCCUGAACCAGCUGAGCCGCCUGUCCCCACAGAGCAGCCUGACACCUCUAAGCCCACAUCUCGAGGCAGGGCACGUAGAUCCUCUACCAAGACCCCUGAACCAGCUGAGCCUCCUGUCCCCACAGAGCAGCCUGACACCUCUAAGCCUACAUCUCGAGGCAGGGCGCGUAGGUCCUCUACCAAGACCCCUGAACCAGUUGAGCUUCCCAUCCCCACAGAGCAGCCUGAAACCUCUAAGCGCACAUCUCGAGGCAGGGCACGUAGGUCCUCUACCAAGACCCCUGAACCAGCUGAGCUUCCUGUCCCCACAGAGCAGCCUGACUCCGCCAAGCCCACAUCUCGAGGCAGGACAUGUGAGUCCUCUACCAAUACACUUGAACCAGUUGAGCCUCCUGUCCCCACACAGCAGCCUAACACCCCGAAGCCCACACCUCGAGCCACUCGGGGUAGGACACGUGGGUCCUCUGGCAAGGCCCUUGAGCCAGCUGACCCUCCUGUUCCCCCUGAGCAGCCUGACACCCCGAAGCCCACAGCUCAAGCUACUCGGGGCAGGACACGUGGGUCCUCUGUAAAGACCCCUGAACCAGCUAAGUCUCCUGUCCCCACAGAGCAGUCUGACACUUCUAAGCCCUCAUCUCGAGGCAGGACACGUGGGUCCUCUGUAAAGACCCCUGAACCAGCUAAGUCUCUUGUCCCCACAGAGCAGCCUGACACUUCUAAGCCCUCAUCUCGGGGCAGGACACGUAAAUCCUCUACGAAGACCCCUGAACAAGUAGAACCCAUAGCCUCUGAUCUUGAGCCUUCCUCUACCAGGGACCAACCUGUCACCCCUAAGGCCAUAGCUCAGAGUAAUCAGAGCAAGACACUGAGAUCUUCUAGAUCAAGUGUUGUGCCAGUUUCUGCCACCUCUGAAUUUCAGUCAGCUGUCACUGCAGAGCAACAGACCCUGCAGCCCAUUCCUCAGGGCAGUAACAGCAGGGCACAGAGGGUUACAAGGAAGCAGAGUUCACCCAAAGCUCCUGUUGUCCACAAGCCUUGCUCUGCACUCCCUGAGCCUAAAUCCCGAUCAUCAAGGAACCAAAGACAAGGAGCAGUGAGAGCAGCUGAGUCCCUUGGGACUGUCCCUGAACCUUCUUUUUCCCAGCCUCCUGGGGUACCUACUCAUGCUCCCCAGAUCCAAAAGGUGGAAGCAUCAGACAUAUCCGAAGUCGCCCAAGAGCUUCCGCCAAAGGUCUCUUCAAGCUGCAAGAGGCCUUCAUCAUUCAUUGAUUCACCCCCACGUCAUAAACGACUCCGCAGAGGGCAAGUGUCCCCAAAGACGGUGUUCCCCAGGGAGGAAGAAGAGGGUGCUUCCGAGAAGCCAAGGAGGGAAGAGGACAUAGUGGUUCCAGGACCAGGCAAGAGAAAGAGAGGCCAGGCAGAGAAGGAACCCCAGGAAGUACCAAACCGCAGCCGCCGACGGACCAAACCUCUUGAGCCAUCAGCAGCACCCAAAGUGCUCUUCACAGGAGUCCUGGACCCUCGUGGAGAGCAGACAGUGCUGGCCCUUGGAGGGAGUCUGGCCAGUUCAGUGGCAGAAGCCUCCCACCUGGUCACUGACCGAAUCUGCCGCACUGUCAAAUUCCUGUGUGCUCUGGGGCGGGGCAUCCCCAUCCUUUCUCUGGACUGGCUGCAUCAGUCCCGAAAGGCUGGCUGCUUCCUGCCCCCAGAUGAGUAUGUGGUAACUGAUCCUGAGCAGGAGAAGAAUUAUGGCUUUCGCCUUCGGGAUGCCCUGAGCCGUGCCCGGGAGCGAAGGCUGCUGGAGGGCUAUGAGAUUCAUGUGACCCCUGGAGUCCAGCCACCACCCCCUCAGAUGGGAGAGAUCAUCAGCUGCUGUGGAGGCACCGUCUUACCCAACAUGCCCCGCUCCUACAAGCCUCACAGAGUUGUGAUCACAUGUCACCAGGACUUCUCUCGCUGCUCUGGCCCACUUCGCCUUGGACUGCCUGUGCUGUCGCCCGAGUUCCUGCUGACAGGUGUGCUAAAGCAGGAAGCCACGCCAGAGGCCUUUGUCUUCUCCACUUUGGAAAUGCCUUCCACCUGAAAGUUCCAGCAAAGAAUUAAAAUAGAAUUUGGAAUAAAAGACUUCUUAAGACUUUAGAAAAGUUUGGGGUGUGGGGUGUACUGGUGUAACUUGCCCUACAGAGACAUUCAUUGGGGACCACAGAUUUUCUAACGUGGCUAUUAAUCCCAGGCUCAGCCCUCUGGACCAUUCAUCUCUAGCCAGACUGCUGUCAUUAAUGUUCGUUAAUGGCACACAAAGUGUCCUGUCUGCUUGUUUGGAAGCCAUCUCCUCCUACUGGGAUUCUCUUUAACUUUUAAAGAUAACAGGACAACUUUGGUGUCAGGAACUUAAGGGAUACUUGGAGUAGAUUUGAGGAUGCAAUUACAGUUACUACUAAAAUACUGUCCUCUUCUGGCUUCAUGUGGUUACAGGGAACCUCUGACUCUGACUUUGAGCAAGCCUCUGCACUUUUCUGCCCUGAUUUUCCAGCAUUUACAAAAUUACAGCUUAGGUCUGAUCUAUCAAAAUAAAUAUUCACUCUGUGCCUUAUGGUGUAGUGCAAAUUUUUUUUAAAUAUCUGGGUCUUUUUAAGAAAUGGUUUAAAUUUGUUUUAACUUCUCUUUGAGGCACAUUAUGCACUACUUAAGUUUUAAAAGUUGAUUGUUUUCAAAGAUGUGGAGAAGUUUGAACUAUAUACAGCUGGUGGGAGUGUGAAAUGAUUCAAUCUCCACAGUAAACCGUUAAAUGGUUUCAUAAAAGUUAAGAUAUAAAAUUACCAUAUGACCCAGCAAUUCUGCUCCUAGGUAUAUACCCAAAAGAAUGAAAACACUUUUCGUUUGUGAGUGCUCAUAUCAGCACUUUUCACAAUAGCCCAAGAAGUGCACAAUGCAAAUAUUCAUCAACAGAUGAGUGGUUAAACAAUUGUAAUCUAUUCACAUAAAAGACUGUUAUUCAACCAUUUUUAAAAUGGGUUGAAGUUUUGAGAAAUUGCUACAGUAUUUUGAGUAUUUUGCUAAGAAGCCAGAUGCAUGAGGAAACAUUGAAGGGCUCCAUUUAUAUGAAAUACCCAGAAUAGGUGAAUUCAUAGAGACCAAAAAUGUAGACGGGUGAUUCCCAAAGGCUGGGAAGAGGAGGAAGCAGGGAAAGAAUGAAAUGGAUGUAGGGUUUAUUUUGAGUCAAAAGUGUUUGGGAACUAGAUACAGGUAAUAGUUACAUAUAUUGCAAAUGUACUAAAUGCCAGUCUAAACUGGUCAAUCUAUUUGUGUGUAUCUCUCUUCAAUAAAAAGACUGUUAAUGA